GAAAGUGACAGUUCUAGUCGUUCCGUCAGACGCCAAGGGUACAAUCUUAGGCCGCUCUAAUAAAAAAAAAAAAAAGAAAACGAGAAAGUUGGAAACGAUUGAUGUACCAGAGUGUGCCUUCAUGUUUUUUUUAAUUGUUUAAACAUUCAUUUUAAUUCGAUUGUCGAGCUCGCUCUUCUUGAAAAGUAAGAAACAAACACAACAUUUACAAAGAUGUCUAAUAAUAGAGUGCCCCUGAAGGAAAUUCCCGAUACACUGAGGCGAUCACAUCGACUUAAUGGCGGCUCAAAGCAGCUGAAUACUUCCACCAGCUCCAUGCCGCCGCAAACCAAGGCUACACUAAAUCAGAAGAAUGUCAAAGUCAUCAGCAGCAAAAAGCCUAGUCAACGUCGUCGUAACAAAGUGACAGCAGGUGCCAACUUUUCGAACGCAGUCAAUUGCAAACGUCAAACGGUUGUUAGGCGGACAAAGUCAGAUUGUGUCGUGAUAGAUAUCGACGAUGCACCGCCAUCUACCUCAGUAACAGUCCCACCUCUAGUCGGUGUCAAGCCAGAAGAUUUGUGGCUAUGCCAGCCCUCAGUGGCUCACGACAUGUAUUUACACGCCAAGAGCUUCGAGAGUCGACAUUGCUUCUCGCCAAAUUAUUUAUCUACUGUUGGCUCUCGGGUUAGUAACGAGAUGCGAGCCACAUUGGUCAAUUGGCUAGUUGAAAUUCACGGUCACCUGAAGUUGGAGCCGGAGACAUUGCACACAGCUGUCAGAUUGUUGGACGCAACUUUGCAACAUUUUAAAGUUGGCGUGAAUCGUUUGCAAUUGUGUGGUCUGGCAGUCUUCUGGUUGGCCACUAAACUGGAGUCUAGAGCACUUAGUGCUCAGGAUUUGCUGUACCUGAUGUGUUACAAAGGCGACGUUUUGAUUCUCGUUCGCAUGGAACAAACAGUAUUGAAGUUGCUCAACUUUCAGCUGCAGGUGGCUGAUCCCAUAUUCUUUCUUAACCGGCUGAUGCUUUACGACGAGAACGGUCAAAGUGAAGAGUUCUACAAUACCUGCAAUUAUUGCAUGGAUUCCGUUCUGCACGAUAUAACUACAGUGGAUAUCCCGGCAUCCGAGUUGGCAAGUGCUGCUCUUCUAGCGGGAAGAAUGAUUGAUGGGUACUUGGAAUGGCCUUACCCCAUCGGGUACGCUACAGAGCACUGGCCAUCACCCAAGAAGCUCGAACCCUUGGCACAGAAAAUGAUUCGUGCUAUUCUUGAGGCCAGCGAAGGAAAGUCUACAUAUACUGGAGCUUACAAGAAGUACGCGAGCCGAAAGCGAUUUUACGGUCUGAGUGAAAGCCAGAAAUUCAGUUCUGUAAAUUUAAGCAAAUUGAUUUAAGUGCGUCCAAGUUCUAUUUGUUGAUUAGCGUAAUAUCUAAUAGUAGUAGUAAUUGUAUAUUGAUUCCAUAUCAAGAGAGUCUUUCGAUUUUAUUUAUUCACUCUAGGCUGUUAUUCAUUUUUCUUCAAAUUACCACAAUACACGUUUUAUCAUCUCACAGCAAA